GGCAAAUAAUUCCUAGGGUUUUCUAGGGUUUUUAGUUCCUUACAGUCCCAGUCGGAAAGUCCCCUCCUCUUAUCCUUCCUGCUUCCACAGGUUCCGAUCUUCAGAAAUUUAAAUCCGAACAUUUAUUUGCUAUUCUUUCGUUGAAUCGUUCUUCUUCUUGCGCCUUGUUGAUUGAAGUUACUUGUGAUUUUGGGCGGUCCUGCGGGUAAUCGAGAACAGUGGAUUUUGUUAGGUUUUUUUCCCUUCGGAUAUUUGAGGGCUUAAUCUUGAUUUGAAAAGAUGUUUUCGGCGAGGAAGAAGAUCCACAAGGAUAAUGAUGUUGACCCCACAGAAUUUGAGGAAACUGUUGCUCAGGCUUUUUUUGAUUUGGAGAACACCAACUCCGAGCUCAAAAGUGACCUGAAGGAUCUUUACAUUAAUUCAGCAAUUCAAGUUGAUGUUUCUGGAAGCCGCAAGGCAGUUGUGGUCUAUGUACCCUUUAGAUUGAGAAAAGCCUUCCGCAAGAUUCACCUGAGGCUUGUAAGAGAGCUAGAGAAGAAGUUCAGUGGAAAGGAUGUGAUUCUGAUUGCUACUAGAAGGAUAUUGAGACCUCCAAAGAAAGGAUCAGCUGCGCAGAGGCCCCGUAGCCGAACUCUCACUUCUGUGCAUGAGGCAAUGCUAGAGGAUGUUGUAUUGCCUGCUGAGAUUGUUGGAAAGCGUGUUAGAUACCGAGUUGAUGGAUCUAAGAUUAUGAAAGUUUACUUGGAUCCUAAAGAACGGAAUAACACCGAGUACAAACUGGAGAGCUUCGCUGCUGUUUACAGGAAGCUUUCUGGGAAAGAUGUUGUUUUCGAGUAUCCAAUUACCGAGGCUUAAGAAACCUUAUUAUGUUGCACUCUUUAAUGUUUAUUCACCAUAGGGUUGCAAAUCAGGUGGGAGCUUUUCAAUUUUGAUUUCAAGUGAUAGAUUUUUUGAGACUUUUUUUGAAUCUGUGAUCUUGAACUAUACUUUAUCUCAUUGAAUUAAUUCUCCGGUUCUAGUGACAUUC